ACGGAAACCAGCUCAAACUUCAGAGAAUGAGGAGGGAUGAAGCUGGAAGAUGGCAUUUGGUGAUCAAGUCAUGCGUUUCUGUGGAUCUUUGGAGGAUGUUGAAGCCAUCUACCUUCAUGGUUUUGUGAAUCGUUUUAGAGAUCUUCCUCAUUUUCGACCUCUUAUCUCCUCCUCCUCCUCCUCCAUGCCAUCCUCAUACAAAAUACUGCUAGCAAACUCCAAUUUGCUAUUUUGUCCUCUUUUUGUGUUUAUUUGACGGUUUUCUCCCGGAAAAGCCACAGCGGAGGCGGCUCCAGCGUUCUUCAGGGUAAAACAGGCGUUGUGAUAAAGAGCAGAUCGAUGCUCCCAAAGGUUUUGCUGCAGUGGUGCGCAGCCAUCUCGGGCUGUGCUGCUAAAAUAGACAGAAGACGACAGGGGAAAUUCAAGCCUUUCCGUCAGCUGUUUGGGAAGAAAAAGAAAAGAGAGGCAAAGGGGAACUUUGAUGGAGCACAGCUGAAAGCCAAUUUCUCCUCUGGGGAGGUGUGCAACGGAGUCGUAUCUGAGGAUGAAGAGUCUAAUCAAAAUCUGAGGGAGUUGCAUCCUGUUGGGUCUCGAGCGCUCUCGCAUGAGAGCAUCUUCAUCCCAGAGGAGGCGCUGAGGGAGCUCGCUCUAAACCACAGCAUGUCCCAGGAAAACGUUUCCGACAAAGUGAAGCAUCUGCAGAAGCAGAUAGCACAGGGUAUCAAGUUUGGCCAGCGGCCACCUUCACUACGAAAGAGCGAGGGAGAUGAAGGCAGCUCAGAGGAGGAGGAGGUUCCUCGGAGCCCUCUGAAGGUUCUGGCUCAGAUUGAAGCAGAGCCACAAAAAGCAGAAGCUAAGGUCAGCACCCCCGUGAAGUCUCCCCGCUCCAAACAGGUUCUUCCCCCAACUGGUACAAUCGAGUCUGUCAACCUAGAUGCCGUCCCGCAGUCGGUUCCUCUUUUGGACAACGCUGCCGCCAGGCAUAAGCUGUCAGUCAAACCGAAAAACCAGAGGAUUUCACGGAAACACAGACGAUUCACACAGGACCUCCAGGAGGUUUCCAUUCCUGGACUAGUGCAAGAAGAACUGGAGGCAGCAGCUGGCUCCUCGUUCGACCAGCGCAGAGCAUCUGCUGAGGACUUUCACUGGGAAAACUUAAAGAAGCAAAGGCUCCAUGAGGAGGAAAGACAAGAAGUGAGGAGGAGGAGAGAGCAGGAGGAGCAGAUCCUCAGAGAUGAGGAAGAGAAGAGAGCAGAGGAGCUCAAGCUUCAGAAACUGGAGGAAGAGAGGUUCAGGAAGCAACAGGAAGAGGCAGAGAGAAAGAGGAAGGAGGAGGAGGAUAGGAGGAUCAGAGAGGAGGAGGAGGAACUGAAGAAGAGAGAGGAGGCUGAGAGGAGAAGACAGGAAGAAGAGGAAAAGAAGAUCCGAGAGGAAGAGCAAAGGAAGCAAAGGGAGGAGGCUGAGAGAAAAAAGAAAGAGGAGGAAAGGAGGAUCAGAGAAGAGUUAGAAAGACAGCAGCAUGAGGAGGCUGAGAAAAGGAGAAACGAAGAGGAGAGGAUGAGAAAGGAAGAAGAGAGAAAGAAACAAGAGGAGGAGGAGGAGAGAAGAAGAAAGGAGGAAGAAACGAGGAUCCAGAAACAGAUGGAGCGCAUGACGAAGCUGGAAGAAGAAAGGAGGAAACAAGACAGAGAGCAUCAACAGAAACAGGAGGAAGAGAGGAGAAGGAGAGAGGAGGAGGCCAGGAGGCAGCAUGAGCUGGAAGUUGAAAUGAAGAGGAAGGAGGAACAGGAAAGAAAGCAAAAAGAGCAAGAAGAGAAACUGAGGUCAGAGGAGAUAGAGAACAUGAGCAUUUUGGAAAAAGAAAAGAUGAGAAAAGAAGAGGAGCAGAGGAAAAUGUCUUUAGAGGAAGACUGUGGAAGCUUGGACACGGAAGAGAGGAAGAGGAGAGCUGAAGAGCUGCGCUGGAAGGAGAUGGAGGAGAGGCAGAGGCCUUUCUCUUUCAAAGUCUCCUCCGGAGAGAAACAGAUCCUCUUCCAGAAGGUCAACCUGACUCCUGUUACCUCCAGCCUCCAGACUGCGACCGUCGCUGGUCAAGGAGAGGGAGCCAGGACCUCCCCCCCUGAAGGACCAGACCCCACUAACCUGCCAACAUCUCCCUAUGUCCCCCAUACGGCCAUCUUAGUGACGGGCGCCCAGCUUUGUGGGACAGCUGUCAAUUUAGACCAGAUCAAAGACACCGCCUGCAAGUCCCUGCUGGGUUUGGGCGAAGACAGGAAAACCCAAGGAACGCCACCGACGAAGAGUAAAACCUCUCCAGAGCGCAGGUCCGGAAGAACCAAAUCACUGACCGAGUCUGCGCUCUCGACUGACAAGGCAAGUGCGGCGGUGCUAGCGGAGUGGGCCAGCAUUAGAUCAAAGAUCUUUAAAGGGGUGGAAGAUGGGAAGUACGACGAGUACCCAGAACCACAGAACAGGAACCCUCAACCCCCCAGUGAUGAACAGCUUCCGUUUGCUCACAGCAAUCUCAGAAAGACUGUGUCCUCCAGCGCCAAGUUCUCCAUCACACCUGCAAAGAAAAAGUUUGGAGAUAUAAACAGGAACUCUGAACUUUAUGGCCCAGAUGAAAAGGAUGCAUUAGAGGAAGCUUCUGGACAUGAUAGCCCCCCUGCAUCCUCCCCAGCUUCCACCUCGAAACCUCCCCACAGGACGAGUAAAACUGUUCGUAUUGUGGAGAGAGGGUCUGAGGAGUGCAUGUUUGCAAAAGAUCUCCCGUCAUUCCUGGUUCCCAGCCCAGGAGAAAGACCUGAGGGGAACGAGCUGAAGAGCCGCCUUCACAGUGAACCAGAGAGGUCCGACAGCAGAAACGAGGGACAGGAGCGAGGACGGGACGCCGAAGACAAGCCCUCUCCUUUUGGGAUUAAGCUGAGAAGGACUAACUACUCCCUGCGUUUCCACAGCGAGCAGUCGACAGAGAAAAGGAAGAAGCGCUACAGUGCUGGAGACAGCUUUGACGGCGUCCCAUCUCCUCUGACCCCCAUGGAGCCGGACUCUUAUGUGUCCUCUGUCUUCUCUGACAAACCAAGUCCCACUUCGCCUCAGAAAGAUAGAGCAGCGUGCAAAUUCCUGCACGCCUCCUCUCCCGCCUUCCCCAAGGGGGCCAAGUCUGCCAGCCCGGCUGCACACAGCGAAGUGCUUUCCAAGCCCCCACAUUACAGAAGGCCACCAACAUCACCCAAACCUUCCGGAGGAAUCCCAACUCCUCCUCCAUCCCCAAAACCAAGGGCAGGCCACAAGGCUUCCUGUGACGAUGUGGUCCAGAAGCACGCAGGUUCAUCAAGCCUGGAUCAGGCCAGCAGGAGCGAGGAACCAUCAACCACAGGCCAACUGUACCGGAGCAGCCAAGGUGAAGAGGAGCCAAAGGAAAAGAGGUCAUUCUUCCCCUCCAUUAACAUCCCCUGGAGAGAGAAGGCUGACAGGAAGGCGGAGCUUGUCAAGAAAGCUGAGAAGCCAUCCCUCCAGAGCAGGCAUUCUCUGGACAGUCCAAAGGUCCAAGACAAGGAGGCCGGGCCCUUGUGGAUCACUCUGGCUCUGCAGAAGCAGAAAGGCUUCAGGGAGCAGCAGCAAAACCGCGAGGAGCGGCGAAGCCAGAGAGAGAGCAGGCUGGCCGAGAAGCAAACUAGAGAAAGAGAGAGUGCUGCACUGAUGAGCCCUACAGACAGUAAAGGGAGCACCAGUCCUUCUUCCAAGCCUCAGACGCCGGAGGAACUCAAGAGACCCGACAGCCUUCUGGGACGGUUUGAGCGCAGAGAGCAUUUACAAAAGGCCAACACCUUACCGGGUUCUGUCACAGUUGAAAUUGCAGACUCAACGCCAUCCCCACCUGCUGUCAAGGACUUGUCGAAGCGCUUCCCUUCCAGCGACUCUCCGGGGGUGUCCACAGAGCCGGCCUGGCUGGCGCUGGCCAAGCGAAAGGCCAAAGCUUGGAGUGACUGUCCCCAGAUCAUCAAAUAACACAACCACCCUCUCCAGCUUGCAUUGAUGCUGCAGGACACUGCAGAGUCACCUUCGCCUGCCCCCUCCCCCAAUAACACCCUGUCUCUGACUGUGAACCAGGUAAACCCCCCUCAUGACCCACUACGCACUGGCUGCUAUUACCGUCCUCUUAAAGUGCGCUUCACACAAGAUAUUCCACUAAAAUCGCACAGAUGUAUGGAAAGAGUGGCUGCAAGCAUGCAUAUGUUCUAUCCAGACAGUGUAUGACCCUGAGGGCAAAGUUCUCAGCAGCCAAUCACGGUUGGCCAAUGUAGUAGCCAAUAACCCUAAGCUCCUUUUUUUUUUUUAAUUUGGAGCCAACUGUGUCAUCAUGAUGUAAAUAAGUCCUUGGCUAAUCCCAUUAUAACUUUUCUGUACUAUAAGGUUGAAGCUCUGAUGAAUGGCAGUAUUUAAUCUAUCAAAGGUGUGCGUCUGAACUGUGUUUUAAGGGCUAAAAGUGAAAAUAAGAACUGAAGUCUAACAGGCAUUCUUUUAUCCCUCCUUGGUUUUAUUCAUGUAAAGCAGCAGAUUUAUCUGCUCUUAAACUCUUCUGUAACUUUUCUCUAAACUUUGUCGUGUAAAAAUGCACCUUUUUAAAAAGAAAAAAAGAAAGAAAGUCCCUCUGGGAAACAGAACAGUUCUGCCCGUGACGACUGUGAAAACCGUCCAAGACGCUUUUUGUGCUGUAAUACAUGAAGCCAUGGCGGAGACGGUGGAGUUCGGCUUCCUCGACCCUCAUUUAAUCCUGUUUUUUCCUUCAUGUGCAAGACCAUAUCGAUAUAGUUCUCAGUAUAACGAAAACACAGCUUUUAUCCUCAUUUAAAACAUUGGAACUUUCCGCUAAAGGGAAAGAAAUCUCAUGGUUCAGUGGUGUCCUUUACUGUCUUCAACUGAAACGUCACUUCCUGUUUGGACUUCACCAAACUCUCACAUCAUUGUGGAAUUUCACUCUAUGUUUUCCUCAUAACUCUCUUUUUGAACACUGGCUCAUGCACAGCUGUCCUACUGAAGUUUGAGUUGUUCUAAUAGAGACAGACAGCUGUGUCUCAGAUCCCUCACAUCUUUGACAAACGGCCCCAUAUUGGACUCUAGAAUAUUCUGACACACGGGUCAGGUUAUGUUUUGCAUGCGUAGGUCCUGUUAGUUGUAAAAUAAGCCCUCAUCAUAACACUUCCACUUCCGUGCUUCAGAUGAACAAAGUAAAUUCAGACCUGAGAAGUCUGCUUUAGUCUCUUUCUGCCUGCGGGAUAUUUUUCCAAAACUUUUCUGGUUAGGUCAGGUGGAUUUUUGUGAAUCUCGGUUGUCGUUUUGGGCGGGAACUGACCUGGUCUUCUGUUUGUGUCGUCUUGGACUUGAGCAGUUACCAAACUCAAUCUACUGGCUGUCAUUUCAGAUUUUAUUAUGGAGAAACUGUGGCAUGUGUGAUAAUCAGCACCUCAGUAAAGGAGUGUUCCAUUUUCCACACAAACACCAUCUUUUGUUUUUAGUAAUAGACUUUUUUUUUUACCUUAAGAAAAAUAAGACUCACAAACCCGUGAACCACGUGUUUAGUGAUUUCAAACCCAAAAUUGGAGAAGGGGUUAAAAGAGGGGCUGCUAACUUGAAUGACAGUAGCCCUACGUUAAUACGCUCGUUGGUUUAUUCUAUCACUUCCUCCUACAUGUGAUGCAAUCCUACAGAACAUGAGCAUUCCCCGUGGGGGCAAUGCCAUGCAUUCAUGGUCUGUGAAGUCUGUCCGCUAAUCAGCUGCAGCAAACUCACUCGUUUUGUUUCUUCUUUGAUGGUGCACAGUAGUGUGAUGUACGCAGUGUUACGUGUAACAGCAACGUUUGGUAUUAUUUGCACUUUUUGUCUCGUUUAGGGAGAUGUUCACGGAAACACUCUCGAAGAGAUCAAAAACAUUGUCAUGAAAACUGUAAAUUAAACACUGAUGUCUGAACCGUG